AAUUUUACGAAACCCUCUCUGUCUCUCUCAAUUAUGAAACUAAUCAAUCAAGUUUUGAUCUUUUGGUUCUUCUUACCAUUCUCUGCAAUCUCCGGUGAUCAUGAAGAUUAUAAAAAUCUCAUCUUUAAAGGUUGUGCAAACCAGAGGUACCCAGACCCAACUGGUGUGAUCUCUCAGAAUCUUCAAAACAUGUUCACUUCUUUGGUUUCUCAGUCAGCACAAAGCUCUUUCGCUUCCACAACCUCCGGUACCGAUAACGCCACCGCCGUGAUCGGCGUUUUCCAGUGCCGCGGCGAUCUCCACGCCGCUCAGUGUUCGGAUUGCGUAUCGAAAAUCCCAAAACUCGUCACUAAACUCUGCGGUGGAGGACACGACGGUAAUGUGAUGGUGGCGGCUCGUGUUCAGCUCGCCGGAUGUUAUCUCCGGUACGAAAUCUCGGGGUUCCCUCAGACUUCAGGUACGGAGAUGUUGUUUCGUGUCUGCGGGAGAAAACAUUCCGGCGAUCCUGGGUUUACAGGGAAGAGAGAUACGGCGUUUGGUAUGGCGGAGAACGGUGUGAAAACAGGAUCAAGCGGCGGCGGCGGCGGUGGUGGUGGUGGCGGAGGAGGAGGAGGGUUUUACGCGGGGGAGUAUGAGUCGGUGUACGCGUUAGGACAGUGUGAGGGUAGUUUGGGAAAUUCAGAUUGUGGAGAAUGUGUGAAAGAUGGGUUUGAGAAAGCAAAGAGUGAGUGUGGUGACUCGAACUCUGGUCAAGUUUAUCUUCAUAAGUGUUUCGUUAGCUUUAGUUAUUACACUCAAGGUGUUCCAAGCAUAGGAGAACCAAUCUCAUCAGGUGGAGAGAAGAGACAACACACAGAAAGGACGAUAGCUUUGGCGGUGGGAGGAGUUUUUGUUUUAGGGUUUGUGAUUGUUUGUUUGUUGGUUUUGAGAUCUGCCAUGAAGAAGAAGACUAGUAAAUAUGAUGAUCACUGA